GGCUGGCGUCAGGAACCCUAGAGUGGAGGAGUUUUCUUGGUGCUGGUGUUUCUCGCUUCCACAGCUCGGCAUUGCCCCAAUCGCGACGAGAGGACGCAUCCAUAGCAAUCGACGCGAUGAUUCUGAGGAACGAUUGCUAGAAGUUCCUCUCUCUCUCUCUCUGCCUCUCCAGCCAGCUCCAGAUUUGUUCCAGGAUGCAAGCAGCGGCAUCAGCGUCGCCGACAAUGCACAAGCAAUUCAGCGAUUUGAUGGCUCUUCCCAACGCCGAGAUGAAAGUGGACGAGGAUUGGGCAGGAAAUGAGAGUGACUCGGAAGUAAGAAAGGUCCCCGACUUACCUGGAGGUAAAAUCGUGACUGCGUUGCCAGAGCAAGACACGGCAGCAUCCAAUUCUCGCAAGAGGGGUGCUGUUCCUGCUGACAAAGAACACAAGCGAUUGAAAAGACUUUUACGCAAUCGAGUCUCGGCACAACAAGCCAGGGAGAGAAAAAAGGCUUACGUUGUUGAGCUCGAAGCAAAAGCCCGGGAUUUGGAGCUCAGGAAUGCGGAGCUAGAGGAACGGGUAAACACGUUACAAAAGGAAACAUUCAUGCUGCGACAGAUUUUGAAGAACAUAAAGAACAAUGGCUCCACUGCUGGACUAGAACAAGCACAGUAAAAAACCAAAAACUUUACUUGAGGGGGCCAACGUAGCAACGAAAGUCGGCCACCACUGUAAGAUUGUUUCUCCACAAUCAGUUUUGGUAACCAUCUUCUCGGCAGCCGCACUGUAAAUUUGCUUCCUGUUUCAUCACAGGAAUUCUCUCUGCCCUCAACAGGGAAAAAAAAAAGAAGAAAGAGAAAGAGCUGUAAGUCUUCCCUUUAUUGUAUUGUAAGUUCGACGA